UACACUUUUUUCUCACUUGUUGGUCUGUAGACUCCAUCUGAACUCUCUUGAAAGAAAUGUACUGGCUAAUGCAUAGCGAAUACUCCGAAUAGGAUUCGCCGUUAUGAUCAUUAUCGGCCUAAUUUAACAAGAUCUUCUUGUAUUUUGACAAAAAUUUGUCACCUUCUGGUAGGCAUUUUGACAAAAAUUUGCCACCUUCUGGUAGGCUUCUGGAAUGCCAUCUUCUGUGUUGUGACAGACUCCAAAAAUGUUAGCCGCUCCUGCAAAUCGGCUGCCUGUUCCCUUGAUGACCGAUGGUUCAGGAUGCGAUACUUUCGUUACAAACCGCUCUUACUUGGAUAUUGACAUAUAUUCCAUGUGGUUGGAUGGCAGCACAGUUGAUGAAAUUUCUGCGCACCCGUCUCUUGCUGAUCAACUCGACGACAGCAGCAGUGGCAGGCAGAUCGUUCUAAGUUACGUAGCGGAUCAGAUUCGAUCAUUCCAUUUUCUCGAGAAAUACCUGCAUUUCCCCAUGGAACUGUUAGAUCAGCCAGUAUUUCAGAUGGCAGAAACGUGUCGCUCGCUAUUGCUAGAAAAGUAUUAUUCAUUUGAUAAACGCUUUAUUCGCCAAAUACUUGGGCGUAAGUUCAACCACAAAUCGAAGAAAGCAUUUGAAGAUGAAAGUCAGAAAACCGGCGUGAAAAUAAACAGCUGUUACCGUCAGCACGAAAAUAUCCGCCGCGUACAUAAAUCACUCAACAAUGUGUCCGGUGAAACAACAGCGAAAAAUAUUCAAAUGGCAUUUUUGCUUCCUGAAAAUUUAGCACGAGAUUAUGCUGCCAUUCUGUUUAUUUCCACUUUUCGAUUCGAACUAUCAUCACGUAGACUUUUGGAGUAUUCAUUUGACGAUUUUGCGUACUGUGCAACUGAAAUGAUGAGAGGAUGGACUUGCCAUCGUAUGCAACCAGCGAAUCCGAAGGCUGUGGAGACAUCGGGUUCUAAUUCCGAAGAAAGUACGGAUUUGAGGAUCGAUAAAGAUUUCAUGUAUUCAUUAAAAGAAUUUAAAUUUCUUCUUGAGCGUGAGACUAUGGAAAGCUUUAAAAGAGCGAUUACAAGGAACGUUCCAUCAGGAUCACUGGCAUCUUCGAGUCACGACUUGUACAGAGAUUCUGCAAGAACGAUGGUCUUAAUUGCGCUGAAUAUUCACCAUGGAAAGCAGUUCCGAAUGCUUUUUGUCGAGAUAGCGGAAAAGUUGCUUGCUCCAUGGAAGUCUGCAGCGUGGACUGUAGAUAUCGUUACUGCAUUUCUAAAUGUUUUUAUUAGUGGAGUAGAAGAACUUAACGAAUUUAAAAGUCGAGAUGCUCGUCUGGGUUCAAUGUGGAAACGAUUUUUCUCUGUACUAAAUCUGUGCAUUUUGCGUUUGUUUCGAGAAGCACCUAUGGUAAAUGCUGAAGGAACCGCAGUACCGCCAAAACUUGUUAAAUUCGAAACGGAUUAAUAAUAACGUAUUGGUUUUACGUAGAUUUUGAUGUACCAUGUACGGGAUGU